AUGAGCAUUAACUUAACGAGCUCAACGCGACUACCUGGCGCGUUAGUGCCAAACGAACACUUCGAAAGAGAACAGUAUGUACGGGUUUGUUUUCCCAACGGAAGAGUUGAGAUUGGUGCAGUGAUGAGCAUCUCAGAUGAUAUUAUUACUGUGUAUACUACACAGGGGUACGACAUAAAUGUACCGAGACAUUUCGUAAAGCGGGCUUUCCUGCUUGUUUUGGAUCUGAAUGGUGUCCUUGUGGCACGUGGGCGCGGCAGCUUUGUACACCGCCCACAUGUAAAAGAGUUUUUGAAAUUCGUAUUUUCGAAUUUUGUCGUUGCGGUAUGGACCAGUGGACUGGAGCGAUCCUCGAAUCUGAUCAUCGACAGCGUCUUCGAUGGCUAUCAGGAUCGUCUGCUUUUUAAACUCUACCGCGACGCGUGUGUCCCACGGCCCACGGCGGAAAACCCCUUCGGUACCCUAAAGAACCUCCAAAAGAUCUUCGAUGCGUACCCCAAGAGCUUCCACAGCGUCAACACGAUUAUCGUGGACGACUCCCCGUGCAAGUGUUCACACCCGGACAUCGCGCUCUGCCCGGUCCCGUUCAACGACCCCGAGGCCCAGCGUCAGGAGGACGGGCUGAAAAAGGCGAUUGCGACGCUGCAGGAGGUCCUGAACUCGGAUUCCCCUACCCCCUUAAUCCGCGUGGCCAAGCCUCGUCUGGGGAGCCUGGUCCCAGUGGAGGUAUCCGACCCUCCAAUCCAGACCGGGGAAGGGGAAGAAGAGGAGAGGGAGGGGGCAACGGAGGCCUCCUCGGACCUGGAGCAGGUCAACGUGUGGCGGACGCGGCUGUGCUGCCAACACCUGCGCUGUUGUUGUGAGCGGGAGAACUGCCGUUUUAGUCACGACCCGGACGACGGCAAGCGACCGUGCUCGUUGAAGAAUCAUUGCACCCGCGGACACGCGUCGCGGUGGAGCACCUCCGCAGUGGAGGAAAUCCAGGAGUCGGAGCAGGACGUCGAGCACGCGUCCAAUUACACACACCACUUUCGGCGGAAUAGAGGUAGAGGAAGGGGCGCAAGACGCAUCUCAUAG